CCUGCCAGCAGCAGCUCUUUUCUCUACUACUUCAAACUCCUCUCUGCAACCGUUGCUUGUAAAGACUUUUUUUUUUCCUGUUUUGUUCAUCAAUAACUCCCUCCCCUCCUUUUUUUUUUUUUAAACAGACAGAGAGGUCAGUUAACACACACUCAUGAGUCCAUCUUUGCACAAUUACUUAUUGACGGAAUAAAGUCUACUGGAUUUUUACUUUUUGAUUGGAGUUUAUACGUUGUUAUUAUUAUCUGUAGCAAUUACGUGUAGUCUGCGUUUUGGGCUGUUUUCAGUGGCAUUCCUGUGCUCGGCAACCUAUGCAGCGCAGGGAGCUGCUUUUCCCAAUAAGCAAACGCGUGGCUCCUUUGUGUACAGCGGUAGCUGCUGCCGAUUUGGGUGCAUGGGCACCUCUUGUGCUUCAGCUCCUCACAGCAGGUUUUAUUUUUAAAUACACAACCCCCCGCCCGCGGCGCUCAACAAGCUCGGUCCCACCUUUGAGACUCGGCUCUAGAUUUCUGUGCGAUAGUAAAUGCGGUAUUACUGGUAGAGCUGCCACCAGCCCUUUAAAUCGCACUCCGCUGACAAACUUGCCUCUGCCUGCACCCGAGCCUUCAAUAAAGGACAAGCAACUAAAGGCCCAUUCCUUUAGGACUGGACAAAACUGCAAGAGUUGACAAGACCCCGUUAAGCAUGGAUGUAAGGUUUUACCCCGCCGCUGCUGGCAAUGCCCUGAGUGGGGAUCCUUCUAACCUGGACUUUACCCAGUGUUUAGACUACUACAGCUACAAGGUCGUGCAAUGAAGCAAGAACUUCCCAAAAUGGUAGACCUGAGUGACCUGAAUGCAUUCAAAAAUAAUAUGGCUCAUUACAAGAAAAAACUUCAAACGUUCUGAACCACAGUAUUGCAAGUGUUUGUAAAAUUUGGGAAUAAUAAUUACAUGAAUAUGACUGAAGCCAAUAAUGCAUUUCUCGCUGCAAAUGAGACAUUCCAUACUCCAAGUCUCGGAGAUGAAGAGUUUGAGAUUCCUCCAAUUACACCACCUCCUGAAACAGACCCUGCGUUAGCCAUGACUGAUGUCCUUCUGCCAUUUCAAGUAUUGGGAGAAGCACUGGCUGCUCAAGGAAAUGGAUUUACACCCCAAUUUCCUCCUCAAAGUCUGGAUCUUCCUUCUAUCACUAUUUCUCGAAAUCUAAUGGAGCAGGAAGGUGUAUUACACAAUAAUGGUUUAUCAUUGGACCAACAUCAGGCUCAGAUGUCCCAGUAUAGACAAGAUCACUCACUGAUUAUGAGGUCACUGGCCCAUAUGACAGAUGCAGUAAGAGCUGGAAUAAUGCCUCCCAGUCAACUGACCACAAUAAACCAGUCUCAGCUCAGUGCCCAGCUGGGGCUCAAUAUUGGUAGCACUGCUAUUCCACACACUUCUCCUUCUCCUCCUGCAAGCAAGUCUGCUACGCCAUCUCCUUCAAGCUCUGUUAAUGAUGAAGAUGUUGAUGAGACGAACAGAAUUAUUGGGGAAAAAAGAGGUGCCCCAGAUUCUGGCAAGAAACCUAAGACACCUAAGAAGAAGAAAAAGAAAGAUCCAAAUGAACCCCAGAAGCCAGUUUCUGCAUAUGCUCUCUUUUUUCGGGACACUCAAGCUGCAAUUAAAGGCCAAAAUCCCAAUGCCACCUUUGGUGAAGUUUCCAAAAUAGUAGCAUCCAUGUGGGACGGCUUAGGAGAAGAACAGAAACAGGUGUAUAAAAGGAAAACAGAAGCAGCCAAGAAGGAAUAUUUAAAAGCUCUUGCAGCCUAUCGAGCAAGUCUUGUAUCAAAGGCUGCAGCAGAAUCUGCUGAAGCUCAAACAAUCCGGUCUGUUCAGCAAACGCUGGCAUCAACUAACCUAUCAUCCACUCUUCUUCUAAACACAUCACUUUCUCAGCAUGCAGCUAUGUCGAUGGAAUCUCAAAAUCUUCAGCAAUCAAUUCCUAGGGCGAUUGCACCUAAACCUUUAACCAUGAGGCUACCACUAAAUCAGAUUGUCACUUCAGUCACCAUUGCACAAAACAUGCAAUCUAAAAUUGGAACGCCUUUGAUGAGCUCCGUGGGUGCCCCAAUGGUUGCCACCCAUCCUUCUCAAGUGAGUCCAACAUUGCAGAGUCAGCAACAUCAGAUUCAGCAGUUGCAGCAGCAGCAGCAGUUGCAUCAAAUGCAGCAACAACAGCUUCAUGAGCACCAGAUGCAUCAGCAGAUCCAACAACAAAUGCAGCAGCAACAAUUUCAGCAACAUAUGCAGCAGCAGCUCCAGCAACAACAGCAGCAGCAACUCCAGCAGCAAAUGCAACAGCAGCUACAACAUAUACACUUACAACAUAUGCAGCAGCAGCAGAUGCAACAUAUUCAACAUCAGUCUCAACUGUCUCCACAGCAGCAGUCACCUGCUGGCUCCCAGUCUGGUGUACCUGCCCAGAUAGCAUCUCCAAUCCCACAUAUUAACAGCCCAUCUCCAGCAUCUCAACACCACCAACAUCCACAGGCACAGACUCAAUUGUUAUCCCAAGUUAGUAUUUUCUAAUACUUCAGUUAGUUUAACAUAGUUUCUUCCCCUCUUUAUGGGAAGGAGCAUACAUUGUAAAUUGUUUAUGUAGGUUAUGCUUGGAUGCAUACUGAACCAAGUGAAAGUGUCUAUUAGAUAGGCAAUACAAAAUAUAAUGUAACUUUAAAUUAUAUUUUAGCAUCCUAUGAAGCAGCUUUUUUCAAGUAAAUCUGCCCUGUUGUUUUCAUGUGAUGCCUUUUUUAAGUUAUUGAAGAUUUUCCUAAAAUAUGUGAAUUGUGUGGUCUAGGAAAAUGUUGUAGAACUUCUAUGCUGGACCCCAAUGUGCAUUUUCAUGAGGACUGUAAGCAUUUGUGAGAAAGACUUUAAACAUGCAUUUGUAACUACCUGUAAUGUGAGAAUGUCACAAUCAUGCAAGUGCAUUUGUUGAACAUAUGUAGUCAAUGACAUUAUUGUCAUAUGAUAUAAUGUAAUUCACAGAUGUUUGCCAAAGUUCUUAUUUUGUCUAACUUUUUUGUGUAUGCUGAAAAAAAUUAAAUGACUCAUUCUCAACCGAAAUUAAAUUUUAAAGUACACUGUAAAAGUAUAUUGAUUUUGUGGCCCACUGUUUUUUUUAAUUUAAAAAAUGGUAAUAUGAUGCCUGUAAGUGAAACUUUUUUUAUUAAAACAAUGUA